UCUUAGUACCAUUCUUCCCUCCUCUCUCUCUCUCUCUCUCUCUGCUCCUUUUCCACACAAAAAGAUGAUGAACUCAUCUCACACCACCGAAACCUAUGCUGCCUCCCCUUUCAUGUCCUUUGUAGGGUUAGAGGCCAGCGGCUGUACUCAGAACACCCAAAAGCAUCAACUUUGGGAUUGGGACUCAUCUAAUACCUUUUCCUCCACCUCCCACAGCCUCCCUUUCUACCCUAAUCACACCAUUCCUUCUGAUCUCUUAGACCCCCCUCCUCCUCCCCUCUUCCCCUCCAAUAACCCCUUUCCCUUCUACUUCCCACCACCACCUCCUCCGCCCCAACCAUCCACCACCAUCAUUUCCGACUACCCUCGCUCCUCCGGCUUCUUCAAGCUCGAGAAUGGUCUCGCCACCACUGGCUUCGGAGGGUUGGCCGGCGCUCGUAUCGGUCUCAACCUUGGCCAUCGAACUUACUUCUCCUCCGUUGAUCAUCAGCUUAUGUUAUUUGGUCGGUCGGCGCACCAUCAGCCGCCGAGGUGUCAGGCCGAGGGAUGCCGAGCUGACCUCUCCGGUGCAAAGCACUACCACCGUAGGCAUAAGGUGUGUGAUUUCCACUCAAAGGCACCAGUCGUCUUCUUCCCCGGAGGGGUGCAACAGAGGUUCUGCCAACAGUGUAGCAGGUUCCAUGGCCUCGCUGAGUUCGAUGACAGCAAGAGAAGCUGUCGAAAGCGCCUCGCAGAACACAAUCGCCGCCGGAGAAAGCCACAGGCUCAGCCCACGACGAAGGGUAGCUCAUCUUCAUCAAUUGCUCCAACCAUCAAAGCUAAAGAAGAAAACAAACUAAUAUCAGGAGCAAAAACCAGCAAGCAACUUUCGAGCAUUGUCAAGUCCAACAACACACCACCUAUUCCGAGCGAUGGCAACGCGAGCUUAGAAGUGCAGCAGAAGAAAGCAGUGGUUCAGUUCACCAGUACCACUGGCUCAGCUCUAUCGCUGGCCGGAGGAGUUGGUGUUUCAACGACGACUCAUGAGCAUCAGAAAGUCUCCACUUUUAUGUCAGCAGAAGAGAAAGCUUCUGAAUAUCAACAACAGUUCCAAAGCCACUUCACAUCUCCAUGCUCCUCUUCCAACACGUUCUUCCCCCACCAAAACUUCUUCAAUGAGGGAUCACAUUCAGGAGGAGGAUCAGAGAUGACUCAUCAUAACCAGACCAGCAUUCUUCAGCUCGGGCAGGCUAUGUUCGAAUGGGACUUUAUUUGA